CCGCGUGCGCCAUACUAAGAUACUGAGUACUGCGUCCCUCAACCCACCGGAUCAUCGGAAUCCCGUACGUUCGCGAGAAGACCGGCGAAGGCGCGCGCGCACCGUUCGAUCAUGGCAGCCGACCGGCAGCGCUGCGUGAAGCUGAUGGUUAGCUAUGGCGGGAGGAUCGAGCGCGCCCAGGGCCGGCCGCCGAGGUACGUCGACGGCGAGCACCUGCUCCUCAACGUCGUCUCGUCCGUCUCGCCGAGGGGCUUCCGCGACCUGCUGGCGACGCGCGCGGGCUUCUCCGACUUCUCCGUCAAGUACUGCUACUCCGGCGAGGGGCUGGAUUCGCUCUGCGACGUGGACACGGACGAGGACCUGCGGGACAUGCUGGACCUGGUGCUCUACCGGGACCUGCAGGUCCGGCUGUUCAACGACCUGAACGUGCGCCGGUUCCGGGUCUACCUGUUCCGCGACGCCGCCGCCCCGUCGCCGACCUCCAAGGCCUUCGGAAAACCAGCUCCCAUGCGGCGUAGCGCAACGUCGCCGGCUCUGUUGCCAGCGAAGGCGACCGACGGCCUAGCCGCUCCCGCUCCCUCUCCCGUGCGGCGGAUCGCGACGUCGCCGGCUCUGUUGCCAGCGAAGGCGACCGACGGCCUGGCCGCUCUUGCUCCCUCUCCCGUGCGGCGGAUCGCGUCGUCGCCGAAUACGUUGUGGGAGACGCCGACGGCUGGCGCAGCGCCCUCCAAGCCGCCGCUCGCCCCCGCUCGCCCCCGCUCUCCUACGGCGGAUAGCGUCGUCGUCUCUGUUGACGGCAAACUCGACAGAUGACACGGCUUCUUUGACCACCACCACGUCGACAUCAACAGCCAGAGCUACCCAACAUACACCACCCCACACGGCGUUCCGGCCGGUAGAGCAGAGUAAUCCGGUGUGCCACGUCGCGGCGUUCUGGCCGGCAGAACAGAGUAAUCCGGUGUGUCACGCGGCGGCGUUUCGGCCGGCAGAACAGAGGAAUCCGGUGUGCCAUGCGGCUCCAGUAUUCUUGAUGCCAGUAAUACCGCAGGUCAUAAUCCACCAGCCGACGAUCAUCCUCGUACCCGCGUUCAGUUCUAAGGUGGCCAUGGGCUGAGAAUUUUGUAAGCCACAAUCGAUACAAAAGUAAAACCUUAGUUACGGUGAGCCGGACAAAGAUUAACCAAUCCAUGGUUUUGCGUAGGUUAGAUGUCUCACAGGUCAAGUAUAGGUUGUACCUAGAUAUUAGGUGACAAAUCAAAAUUUCAAGAUUGAUAAGUGG